ACACAAGUCCACGGAUGUUUAGUGAAGGCUUGCAUUAAUAUAGUGACGCAUAUAAAAAUAGACAGACAUCAAGAAGGCUGAUGAGUUUACCGUGUUGAUUUCUGUAAUUCUCAUUAGGGUUUGUCUAACUUGCUUCUGUGAACAACUCGGAGGUUAUUGGUGCUCUUGGAAUCAGACAUGGCGAGUAACUUAGUCUUCAAGUUGUUUCGACCGCCUGUUUUCACACAUCUUACUUCUCUCCGGGUUGCGGCGAAUGCAGUUGCGGUGACCAGAAAGUGCUCCAGUGGCAGCCCUCCAGAGAAAGUCAGCCGAUAUCCAGUCCCCAACAGGAAAGACCUGCCCUUUGACAUGCUGGAGCUGAUGGAGGAAGUGGAGGAAAAGGGAGGCUUUUUGCCUAAUGUUUUCAAAGCUCUCUCCCACAGGCCAGGGGAAUUCAGAGCCUUCUUCUCAUAUUACAAUGAACUCAUGAACAAGGAGACAGGCGGACUGACGAAGGCAGAUCGUGAGCUGAUUGUUGUGGCAACCAGUAUCCACAACAAGUGCCUUUACUGCGUGGUAUCCCACAGUGCACUGCACCGCAUCUACUCCAGGAAGCCCACUCUCGCUGAUCAGGUCGUUGUGAACUAUAAGAACGCAGAUCUAACCCCUCGGGAGAUCGCUAUGCUGGACUUCGCGAUGGCCGUGUGUCGCAGCGACACCAUCACAGAGCAGCACUUUGAGUCUUUGGAGGAAGUUGGCUUCGAUCGUGAGGACGCUUGGGACAUCGCUGCCAUCGCUGCGUUCUUCGCCAUGUCAAACCGGCUGGCUCACCUGGCGGACAUGAGACCAAACGUAGAGUUUUAUAAUAUGGGCCGCAUUCCACGAGACAAGAGCAAGAGGAAACCAGGAGAUGAAAGCUAAAGGGGGAUGGUCAGAGGUGAGACCAUCAGGGGUCACAGAUCCUUCCUAACACUGAUGAAAUGUUUAUUUUUAUUUUUUUUGUGUUUGGUGAAAUUAAAUGCAUUAUGGGAUUUACAGAUUCAGAAUGUCAACCCACACAAGCAGUAUGAAUGUUAAGACUGGAUAUUUGUUGCUAUGUGAAUCAAUCGAGUGUUUUUUUUUUUAAUGUGCUCAUUUUUAUUAUUUAAUAUAAGUCUUGGCUGCUGGACACUGUGGCCUUUCAUUGGACAGUAAUGGAAAUAGUGUGGGAGCCACAUCAGUGGUUUAGUGGACGACUCGUGCCUCACAGUAAAAAUUUCCCUGUUUAUAUUCUGGGUUUUUAAGGGCUGCUGUUUUAAAUUUAUAGCUCCUCCUUCAGUUUGUGUGUGUGUUUUAUUUUUCUUUUUUCUUUUCUCACUGUUCACAAAGAUGUGUUUGAGGUUUGUGAUACUUUUAAGCUUCACUGGUUCAUGUUAACAUUCAACAAAUGCAGCCUCUGAAUCAUUUUAGAACUGAAUUAUAACCAAUUAGUUUUGG